UUCGACCAAAGUGGGCCUAGGUCAGUAUGACCGAGCCAACGGAUCGAAACCUUUUAUCGAGAAAGGAGAGCAGGUCUGUCAGAUUCCUGAUGGUCGACCCUGCUGUUGACUGUUACCUGGGAGAUGCCCAUGACCUGUGCGAGACUGAUGAGGAGAAGACCAGGAGUGGCAGCAGUGGCGGCUCUCAGUUCACAUCUGGAUCUGGAUUUCUGGCCGUCUGCACCCGGUCCUACUCCUCUGCCAGCUUCUGUAAGUAUGAGGAGGAUGACGGCAAGAGCGGCAGCACCGCUAAGAGAGAGAAUAGGGGCGACUGCUACCUGAGCGACGUGUCCAGCUGCAGUGAGCUUAAGUUGGACCUUAAGGAGAGCAGGUGUGUCAGUGCCUUGAGGACCGACCCUGCUGUUGACUGUUACCUGGGAGACGCCCUUGACCUCUGUGAGUAUGAGGAGGAUGACGGCAAGAGCGGCAGCACCGCUAAGAGAGAGAAUAGAGGCGACUGCUACCUGAGCGACGUGUCCAGCUGGAAUGAGCUUAAGGAGAGCAGGUGUGUCAGUGCCCUGAGGACCGACCCUGCUGUUGACUGUUACCUGGGAGACGCCCUUGACCUCUGUGAGAGCGACAGAAAGGACUAUCAGCUCAUUGAGUUACCGCGCCAGGGGAAGAACUCUGUUUCUCCCACCGUCAUGGUGUAUGACCUCCCACCCCGUCCUGCCCGUCCCGUGCUGCAGUGCUGGGAGGGCCCCCUGGUGGCCUCUUGCCUGUCCGACACGCUGGAGACUGACCGCACCUCCGUUGCCACGGAGACAGACACCGUGGUCCAGCUUUUGAAGGUUGACACCGGCUCAGACGACGUCACCAUGGAGACAGACACCAUGGUCCAGCUUCUGAAGGUCGACGUUGGCUCGGACGACGUCACCAUGGAGACAGAAACCGUGGUACAGCUGUUGAAGGUCGAAGACGCCUUGGACGAUGUCACCAUGGAGACGGACACUGUGGUCCAGAUGCUGAAGGUCGACAACGGUGUCACCCUGGCCGCUCCGGCCUUUGUACUGGAACGAGAGCGACCUCGUACUGACCAGCUUGGAUGA